ACCCAGGCAGUGGAGCCAGCCCAGCAGUAUGAUAUGUUCAACAUCUACAUCAAGCGGGCUGCUGAGAUCUAUGGCGUCACCCACACUCGGGGCAUCUACCAGAAGGCCAUUAAGGUGCUGUCCGAUGAGCACGCCCGUGAGAUGUACCUGCGGUUUGCAGACAUGGAGUGCAAGCUUGGUGAAAUCGACCGAGCCCGAGCUAUCUACAGCUUCUGCUCCCGGAUCUGUGAUCCCAGGACCACUGGGGCAUUCUGGCAAACAUGGAAGGACUUUGAGGUUCGGCACGGCAAUGAGGACACCAUCAGGGAGAUGCAGAGGAUACGUCGGAGUGUGCAGGCCAAAUACAAUACUCAGGUCAACUUCAUGGCUUCGCAGAUGCUCAAGGUGUCAGGCAGUGCCACAGGCACCGUGUCUGACCUGGCUCCUGGGCAGAGCGGCAUGGAUGACAUGAAGUUGCUGGAGCAGCGGGCAGAGCAGCUCGCAGCUGAGGCUGAGCGGGACCAGCCUCCAAGGGCCCAGAGCAAGAUCUUCUUUGUGAGGAGCAAUGCAUCCAGGGAGGAGCUGGCAGAGCUAGCUCAGCAGGCCAACCCCGAGGAGAUCCAGCUGGGCGAGGAUGAGGAUGAGAUGGACCUGGAGCCCAAUGAAGUCCGACUGGAGCAGCAGAGCGUGCCAGCUGCUGUGUUCGGGAGCCUAAAGGAAGACUGACAUCCUCCACGCUUUUUCCUCCGUGGUCCCUCCCCCUAACCACCUUGUAAUACAGCCCCUCUUUGAAAAUAAAGAUUUAAAAAAAAAAAAAGAAAGAAAAAAAAAAAAGAAAGGGCCUGGCACAUACCUGACUGAUUAUUCAUUGAG